AUGGCUGGACUGUUUAGCAAGCUGAAGAGUUCAUCUGGAACGACGAGUAUAGGUGCUUCCUCCAUCUCGAGCAAGAACAAGAAAGAUGUCGAGCCAGAGCCCGAAACCACACCUCUGAUUAAGAUGCUGCAACAUGCGGGUCCUAUACGCAAUGACGGAAGUGACAAGUUUUUUGGGUUGGAAAAUGUCCAGAAACUGAUACCUGCCAGUUAUUGCAACUCAAUAGUUCAAGCGCUAUACUAUUCAGUCCCUUUCAGAGAAAAUACUGUUCGAUAUCCCCACCACUCACCAUUGCAAACGCCGAACGGCCAGUUUGAGAUAAUCACCCCAGUAAGGCCACCGAUACGGAAUGGCGGUCCUUUGUCACCAGGCAAUAAACCGAAGGGGUUGACUGCGGCUGAGGCGAUAAAGAGGAGGGCGGCAAUCAAUUCAGGACAAACAGUACCAGGUACUCCAGGACAGCGUCCAGAGGACAAGCCAGAUUCUCCGGAAUACAAGAAGAAGCAUGCCAUGUCUAUAGGUCCUGUAUUAGACGUCACAUACGAGAAUGCCAGUCAAUAUGGCAUGGAGGAGUCGACUUUUACGGCACUGAAGGAUAUAUUCAUGGCUCUGAUCGCAACCAAUUCCCGGACGGGCGUGCUAAGCCCCCAGAAGUUCUUGGAGAUUUUCAAGCAGGAGAAUGAGAUGUUUCGAACAUCUAUGCAUCAAGAUGCACACGAGUUCUACGGAUUGGUGCUGAAUGCGGUUAUUUCCAACGUGGAGGCAAACGCACAGCGAAUGAGGGAGUUGUCAACACCGAAGAGUGAAGAGGGCCUUGCCCAGUCUAUGACACAGGCAGGCCCUUCAGCAGCACAUGAUAUGGGUUUGGGAAACGAAUCCGGUGCGCGAUCACCUGGAGCAGGCUGGGUACACGAAAUAUUCGAGGGAGUUUUAACGUCGGAGACCAAAUGUCUGACCUGCGAGACGGCAUCUCAGCGAGAUGAGACGUUCUUGGAUCUUUCUAUCGACUUGGAGGAACAUUCCUCUGUUACGUCUUGUCUACGGAAAUUCUCCGCCGAAGAAAUGCUUUGCGAGAGGAAUAAGUUCCACUGCGACAAUUGCGGCGGUUUGCAAGAAGCUGAGAAACGUAUGAAGAUCAAACGUUUACCCAAGAUCUUGGCUCUUCACCUCAAAAGGUUCAAGUAUACCGAGGAUAUGACGCGGCUACAGAAACUGUUUCACAGAGUCGUCUAUCCCUACCAUUUACGGAUGUUCAAUACCACAGAUGACGCCGAGGAUCCUGAUCGGCUCUACGAACUCUACGCCGUUGUCGUUCACAUUGGUGGCAAUGCGUAUCACGGGCAUUACGUGUCGGUCAUCAAGACACAGGACCGAGGGUGGCUGCUUUUCGACGAUGAGAUGGUGGAGCCCGUUGACAAGCACUAUGUACGAAAUUUCUUCGGCGAUAAGCCAGGAAUGGCGUGCGCCUACGUCUUGUUCUACCAGGAAACUACUGUUGAAGCCAUGCGGAAGGAGCAAGAAGCUGAAGGUCUGGCAGAGGUCGCCCUCGCAUCUGUUGAGGCUGAUAUCGCUCUUGGCCACGCGCAACCCAACGGCACUCACCCUUCGUCCGUGUCCAAGGCUGUCCCUGUUCCUAGUAGUCCUGUUCAGGAAGAAAAGGAGUUCUCUUUAAACCAUGCUGUCACUGCUCCUCUACCUACUCCGCCAGGAGCACCAGCUCGAGCCGCCACAUCAUCCCCCCUACUCUCCAACUUCGAACCCCCAAAGGCCAAGACGAAAGAAGAGAGGGAGCGGGAGAAGAAGGACCUAAAAGAAGCCGAUAGGACCCGCAAAGCUGCAGAAAAGGCUGCCGAGAAAGAGCGAUUCAAGGAGGCGGAAAGGAAAAGGAAGGAAUCGGAGCUCACGAAGAAGAAUCAAGCCGAAGAGUCGAAGAGGGCCGUGGCAGCAAGCAAACAGGAAGAGGAAGAGAAGCGUAGAAAGGAGAAUGACGCACCCAAAGAGAACGGCAACGAGAAGGGGGGGUUCGGACUGGGCAGCCUAAGCCGCAGCCACAAGGGCAGCAAAAGCAUGAGCCGCAAGAGCUUUGCCUUCCUGGGUGGCAAGAACGGGGAAAGUAAAUAUUCAUCCACCGACGAGUCCUAUACAGCACUUGACGGGGAACCAGGCCCUCCCACGUCUGAGAAGAGCUCGAAGCCGCAGAAGAACCGGACCAGUUUCGGAUUCGGACGAAAGAAAAGCUUCCUGAAUCUGUGA